UUGCCGGCUCAGUCGCUGUGCGGGAGUGGUCACCGAGGGAUGUGUGGUGUCGUAACGCGUGUCUGAGGGAAGUUCGUUUAAAAAAGCGAGAUAAAUCGUUUGUAAAACAAAAAGUCGUUCGUCUCCGCGAGUAGUAGUUUUUUUUUCAUUCGCGAGAUUAUUACCGUCGUGAGAAGCAUACAUAAAUCUUGUCGAAAAGGAGAGAAACGAUCGAAUCGGCGAGCGAGAGAGAAAGAGAGAGAGCGCGCGGUGAUCUCUAGUCGAACGAAAUAAAAAAAGAACUUUGGAAAAAAAUAAUCAAGAACGAAACGCGAUAGAUUUUAAGAGUCGCGGCAAAAAUAAAGCAAGUUUUUCUAAAACUUAUUUUACGUGUGUCUCCGCGUUUAACGAGGAGAUUUCAAAGCGAGAGAGAAUUACGAGACACUGUUCGCGGUCAAUUGCUGCGUGGAUUUUUUAUUUAAGUAAUUUAUUGUACAAAGGAAUUUUAAAAUAGCUGACACAAUGUCCGUGGACAAGGAGGAACUGGUGCAGCGCGCGAAGCUCGCAGAGCAGGCGGAAAGGUACGAUGACAUGGCAGCCGCGAUGAAGGCCGUCACCGAAACGGGAGUCGAACUCUCAAACGAAGAGAGAAAUCUUCUCUCCGUCGCUUACAAGAACGUCGUAGGUGCGAGGCGUAGCUCGUGGCGAGUAAUCUCCUCCAUCGAGCAAAAGACCGAGGGCUCCGAACGCAAACAGCAGAUGGCAAAGGAAUAUCGGGAAAAAGUUGAGAAGGAAUUGCGCGAAAUUUGCUACGACGUGCUGGGUCUCCUCGACAAGCACCUGAUCCCCAAGGCCAGCAAUGCCGAGAGCAAAGUAUUCUACCUCAAGAUGAAGGGUGACUACUACAGGUAUCUCGCGGAGGUGGCAACUGGCGAGACCAGAAACGCCGUAGUAAACGACAGCCAGAAGGCAUACCAGGACGCAUUUGAGAUCAGCAAGGAGAAGAUGCAGCCUACCCACCCCAUCAGGCUAGGUUUAGCGCUCAACUUCUCGGUCUUCUAUUACGAGAUCCUCAACUCGCCGGAUAAGGCGUGUCAACUGGCCAAACAGGCGUUCGACGACGCGAUCGCGGAAUUGGACACACUGAACGAGGACAGCUACAAAGAUUCCACACUGAUAAUGCAGCUGUUGCGCGACAACCUCACUCUUUGGACCAGCGACACACAGGGCGACGGGGACGAACCACAGGAGGGCGGCGACAACUAACCCUCCUAAUUUUAAGUCCUACCCUUUCUAACCUAAUAAGAACAUCCUAUUCUCUAUCGUUCCCCUUCUUCCCCAUGUCCCAUGUCGAAAUGAAAAAAUGCAAAGGAAAAAAGAAGCCUCCGACAAAACACGAGCAGCCCUUUCCCGAGCCUCUUCCUCCGCCACCUUCUCCUCGAUUCUCCUCUUUUUCCACAGUCCUUUUCGAGAGCUCACCGCCCAUCCACUCUUGACAUCCAUCCAUCGAUCCAUUCACCAAAGCCUCUCGUGUCUCCUCUCGUAGAACUCUUUCCGUGUUCCAAAAUCUCUCUCUCUCACUCACUCACUCACUCACUCUCUCUCUUUUCUCCACCACUUUGACAUCGUUCCUUCCGGCCCGAUCUCCGCUAUUCCACCGACCUCAGCCUCGACGAACGAGCCAUCAUAACUCUCUUUCUCUCGCUCUCUCAAAAGCGCGCGCGUUGUCAGAAAGCAGAGGAGCGCGGGCGGGGCAGGGGGAGAGGGUAAAGGAAGAAGAAGCCGAAAGCACAAUCCAUCGAGCCAGCGUGUCAAGGCUCCCGCUCUCGGGAAUACGAGAAAAAUGAGAGCUUUUACGAUCUUGAAAAGAGAGAGAGAAGCAUCGGCGUCCGAAAUGCUCUCUCACGUGCCCAAUUUUCCAUGGGAAAAAUAUGUUUUCCCCCGCUCUCUUCUUUCUCCGGGGAAUUCCUACGGAUCUGAACGACGAUCGCGAAAUUUUCAUGUCGAGUGAAAAUAAUGGAAGAGAAUCGCAAACCUGAGAGAGUGAGCAGGGUUAACAAUGAGAAAGAGAGAAAACGAUCCGCUCGCAGAUAACAUUUCACACUCUUCGCGCUCGUGAAGAUUGAGAGCUUUCUGGACGAUGGGAGGCCCCCCGAGGGAAUUGCACUAGGGAGCGAAUGAGAAAUAUCUUGCACUCGAGACGAGAGGGAUCACGGAAUUGCGGAAAUGAUGGAAAAUAUUGAGAAAAAAAAAAUGGAAAAAACGCGCGAACCUCAUCGCUAAUUCGUCCUGUGUGUUCGCCCGCUAUUUUUCUUCCGUCAAUAUCCAAUGGAAGACAACUGAACAGCUCGCCAUCGACGAAUGAAACAAUCAAAUUAACGGCAUUAUUUUACUACGAGAUGCCCAAGAGUCACACGAUUGCGAAUUUUCAAGAAAACAACAACAACACAAUGUCAAGAUUACCAACAACACCCCACGCAUCAACUUACUACAUUAUAUCCCAGUUGUCAUUUUUAAAUUAAAUUUCACAUUGUCUAGCGAGUACAAUAUUAUUAUACGAAGGAAAGAGCGCAUGAGGAGAAAGGAGAGUAAACAAACAAGAAAAAAAAAUACAUUAAGUUAUUAAGUUCCAAACUACAUCGGUGGUAACUUGAUUUCGCAUUUGACUAAACACACAAACAAAACACGUUGAGAGCAUAUACACAUUCGAAUACGUGAACACUGCAAUGAAAAUACGAAAAUCAUUUCCCCUCCCUGCCCCAGCGUCAAAAUUCAAGACACACGCGCACCCUGUCCUUGUUCUCUCGUGUUCGUCUUAAUUUAUCAUUUACUUUUUUUAUCUCUCGUCAUCAUCAUUCUCGUCGCUCGUCCUCGUAAGAGACAACUACUAUCUCGGAAAACGAAACGAUCAAGCGCAGCGGACGUGCGGUCAAAAGAAGGGAAACACGAAAAAAAAAAACGAAAAAAAGAACACUUCGAUUAUUGCGGCUUCGAUAAAUAGGGCGAAAAUAGUCGAAAGAUCCAAUUAAUCGUAGAAAUCGUUGAAAUUUCUCAUCGUCAUUAUUCGAUAUUUGUAAUUAAUCAUUUUUUUCUGUCUCGUAUAAAUUAUAAAAAAGAUAAAGAAAAAACAAGAAGCAGCGUAAGAGCGCCGUUUUUCCAUAAUUUUAUUCGUUUCGUUGCGAACGCUUUCUAGCGCCGUUCGUUACUCGUGGAAUUGAGCCAAAGAGAGAAAGACACGAACGAAGGUCGCGCGUUUAUUUCCUCACUUUCUCCUGCUCGUUUUUGCAACGAACCUAGCAAGAUUUUUUGUUUCGGGGGUUGAAAAUUAAAAAAAAAAAAAGAAAAGAAAAAAAAAACAAAACGCAAAUACGUUUUACGUCCAAUUUGGUACUGUGUCACUCAAGAUCGAACCAAAACUAAAAGAUACAGCCGACGAAUCAUCCACCUUACGAUUUUCCAUCUCUCGUGACCAGAACAACGAGCCUUUUAUCUCGUUUUCCUCUGCGGUCGAUUAAUAUUCCCUUCGUUGAAAUACACGGAUCAUUCCUGCUAUUUUCCUCGUGACCAAAAACCUCCUCCCCCAAGCUCUUCUUUCUGUCCAUUUUCUUCGUCAAUGCAGUCGGAAAAAUGAUCCCAUUCCCUCCCCUUCUUUUCCCACCAUCUUUAUAUAUCAUAUACGAUAAUAUUUAUGCCGGAGAUAUUUACCAAUAACAUAGUAAUUCGUGUUAUACCGUUCGGGAAGAUGUUGUGUAAGAACGGACAAAGAAGGAGGAGCAAAUUGUAUGUGUAUAUUUUUGUUAGGAGUUUCUCAAUCAACAUUUUCGUUUUGUUUUUCCUCUUGAAAAUUCGUAUUUUUCAUUCACCUUUAUUCUUCACUUUUCAAUUACGUUUUUCCCCCCGUUAUAUUUCCUUUGUAUUUACAAAAAGUAAGGGAAAGAAUAAAAAAAGCAAAGAAUUUAUUCCGUCGAAUAAGCACGUCGACUAGUUGGGCUCGAGGCACAAAAAUGUCAUCUCAGCAUCCUCUCGGUUACGCGCGUCUCCCUCUGUUCCAGAGAUUUCAUCGCGAAGAACGUUCUCGUUAAAUACUAACCAUAAUUAAUCACAAUGAUGAUUUUAAGGAAAAAAACGAAUUGUGUGCAUGUGUGUGUGUGUGUGUGUGCGCGUGUGAGCCAUUUGGAGACGUCGAGAUAAUUGCUCGGAGAUUAAAGAGAGCGAAGUGAUGGUUGAUCAAGGCAGUACACGUCAAGUAUAUAAAAAAACAACGGGGAAUAGAUUUCAAAACCCUUUCCUUCCAAGCGCCGCACACCUUUCAAAAAAAUCGGCCAGAAAUCCCUCGUCAAAGAGCGUGGAAAAAACAUUUCGUUCGAGUUUACCCUCGCAGUGCUUCUUCAUCCUCAUCCAAAAUCCUGCUGGUUCUCUCGGGCAUGCAGCUCUUAAAAUCUCGCGAUAAAUAUAUUUGGAGAAAUGGGGAACAAACAUUCUAUGAAGUUACUGUUUGUGGUAAAUUUUUUGAAAUGCGAGCAAAAAUUGUCUCGUGAACAUCGUUUUGAGACGAAAAAAAUAAGGAAAAGAAAAAAACUAACCUAAGAGGACGGACAAUACGCUUGCGUCAAGUUUUAAACGUGUCACAAGCGCUCUUUCUCUCUUUCUCUCAUUGCAUUUGUGUGUGUAUUACGAGACAUCAAAAGAAGAAGAAAAAAAAACAAGAGCCAAUAUUGAAAAAAAAAAGAAACAAAUCGUAAACGGAUGUAAUUAAACGUUUGAAUGAACGUUCGCUAUCGUGUUGAAUAUUUUUCGAUGUGUAUCGGUGUCUGUCGCGCAAACAAACGAGACUAACAAAAAAAAGCCACGAAUACUUAAAACAAUAAUAUCUCACAGCGAAACUAACCUCACGAAUUUGAAUGAGCAACGUUUGUCGAAAGAAAUACCACUGUAAAAGGCGUGUCUUUCGUCGUUUCUUACCGCGGUAUGGUUCCCGAGAGUAGUCAAUCAAUAAACCAACAUCGAUUGUAAGUAAACGUAUAUGAGAGCGAAUGAAAGAACGAAACGUUUGGGAAAACGAAGAUUCGAUAGAUCGAUAGAUAAAAAUCAAAGAGAAAAGCGUCUUUCGUUUGGAACAAACGCGAAUUAACUCGAAACGACGGAGGAUUCCGUGCACUCUACGUCAACUUGUGCCCACACGAGAAUCCCAGUUUUUCUACUUCUUUUACCGCCUGUUCAUUUCUUUUUCUCGAUCUCGAGUCACCCUCAUGAACGAUGUGAAACGCGAACAGGAAAGACAAAAACAGAAUAAUGAUAAAAUCGUUAAUCAGCAAAAUAACGCAAAUCACAUACGCAAGGAUACACGUUCUUCGAGUUCGAAUCUGUGAAUAUACUUGAACGCGUUGCUUAACCUCUUCGUCUGCAAAAACUCAUGCGGAAGGAAUUUUGACGGAAAACCAAACAAAACAAAAACGGUAUUUUGUCGCGAUUUUUCAGAGAAUCGGAUUCGAAGUCAAAUCUAAUGCACACGUCAUCGUUUUUUUCUCUCCAUCUUUCUUUACCCCCAAGUCGACGUGUCACACGAGAUACUCAUUCUCUCUCUUAAAAAAAACAAAAUAAUAAUCAUAUUGGAACAACAGCGACACAGCGAGAGAGAAAUUAACAACAAAAUCACAAAAAGGCACUUAUUAUAAUAAAAUGUUACGUUUAUUGAACGUAUGAGAAAAAAAGAGAACAACAAGCCAAGAAGAAAUUGCGAAAACGAAAAGAAAAUGCAAGGAUGAAAAAAUAAACCCUAUUAUAUCACCUUUGCCCUCCCCCAACCCUCAACCCCUACCCUCUGUCCCCAAAAUUACGUUGUUCUAUUUGUAUUUAUCAUCAACCAUCGUAAUUGUAAAUUAUAAUUAUUAUAAACGUUUACACGAAAUAAUAAAUUCUGAUAAAAUGUCUGAAAAAAAGAACAAAAAAAAGUCAAACAAAUGA